AACAAAGACACACAGGACACUACAAAUGUGUUGUUUUGACUAUUUUCAAGUCAGCUACGUCUGGUAAUAUUUAUUAGAAGUAAAUGAGUAGUAUGUAAAUCUACCUAUCUAUACUUACUGUAGAUGUAGUUUGGGUAUUUCAAUAUUAUGCUGCUUUAAACAUAAACGCCCACAGGCCAAAUUCCAAUCCAUGAAGAGGCAAAAUUCCUAUUUUUGCAUCGACAUGUGAACGCAUCGCAGUAAGUUACUAACCGUUAAGUUGCAGUACCAGCAAGCUAGCGUUAGCUGAGUAAACAAAACAUGCUAACGGUAGCUGGUGCAGUGAUCCACUGGAAAUAAGAUGGUUUUGAGAUCACGUUUUGCAACUUAGAAAUAUUCGCAAAGAAAACAUUGACGCGGUACAAGCUCGACCCAUGACCUUUCACAUUUGACAUGGUUUGUUUGCCCUAGUAAUGGACGGAAGACACGACCCACCUUGUAGCAGAGUAGGCCGUGUGAUACUACACAUCAGCUAGCAUUAGCUUUAGAUACGAGGCGGAAGGUAAAGCCCAAGUUUAACGCCCAUGACAGUUAUGAAGAAAGCGGGACUGUCUGCAGAUAUGUGGCUUUAGGGUCCCCCCCCCCCCUCCCUGGCACCAUGCAUCAGAAAGGUGCGAUCCAGAUUAUUGAAUGGGAGGACCUGGACAAGAAGAAGUUUUACUCUCUGGGUGUGUUUAUGACCUUAACCACCAGAGCUACGGUGUAUCCAGUGAGUCUUAUCCGCACCCGACUCCAGGUUCAGAAGGGGAAGAGCCUGUAUUCUGGCACGUUUGAUGCUUUCUGCAAGAUCCUGCGCACAGAGGGUGUAUGGGGCCUCUACCGUGGGUUUAUGGUCAAUACCUUCACCCUCUUCUCAGGGCAGGCUUAUAUUACCACCUAUGAAUUGGUACGCAAGUAUGUGUCCAACUACUCUCCAAGUAAUACGGUGAAGUCAGUGGUGGCAGGAGGAGCAGCGUCCCUGGUGGCCCAGACCAUCACGGUGCCCAUAGAUGUCGUGUCCCAGCAACUGAUGAUGCAAGGGCAGGGGGAGCACCUGAGUCGCUUUAAGGCCAAACCCAAAAUGAUGCUCACAGCCACAAAGCACAAACCAACUUUCGGGCAAACACGUGACAUUACGGUGCAGAUAUUCACAACUGAUGGAUUUAGAGGAUUUUACAGGGGCUACGUGGCGACCCUCCUCACCUACAUCCCCAACAGUGCAUUGUGGUGGCCUUUUUAUCAUUUUUAUGCAGAGCAGCUGUCCUUGUUAGCACCAAGUGAGUGCCCCCACCUUAUUCUGCAGGCUGUGGCAGGUCCAAUGGCCGCUGCAACCGCCUCCACCAUCACCAACCCCAUGGACGUUGUUCGUGCAAGGGUUCAGGUUGAAGGACGAUCGUCUGUUAUCGAGACGUUCAAGCAGCUGCUGGCGGAGGAGGGCGUCUGGGGACUGUCCAAGGGGCUGUCAGCUCGCGUCAUCUCUUCUAUACCAACGUCCAUUCUCAUUGUGGUCGGCUACGAAACUCUGAAGAGACUGAGCCUACGAGCGGAUCUAAUAGAGUCCAGGCACUGGUGAAAGGCAAGAACAGCCUCCUAUCAGGCUGAACCUCACAUAAUUACUCAGAUAUGUCUCUGCUGUGGUGCUGUUGCCGCAAACCUUCAAACUGAGUUGUUUUAAUGCGGGUAUGACGACAAUGGAACAGACUAAUUGUGGUGUUGUUUUUUGUUUGUCUCUCUUCUGGCUUCUUUCCUUUUUUCGCUAAACUGUUAAAAUGCGAGCAAAUCAAGAUUGACUUGAUUUAUUGAAGAUUGAAUCAAAUGUAUGUCAAUUUUAUCAACAGACCGGUUAUUGGGGUUUUUAGGAAAUUAUAUGGUAAAGAAAUCAUGUCAGAGAUUUAGUUUUUUCUGUGAACCCAGGUGUACACGCAAACUGCCCUUUAACACCAGAAGAGAGCUUAAUGUGAAUGCAUUCCAAAUAUUUGUGCAGAGUUUUGAAAAUGAGUCCCACCGUUUCUUCAGGACUAACAAAGAGAAAAUCAGACGUCAUUGAACUGGACAGAAUGACUCAAUUUGUGAGACUUAAAGUUAUCUAUAAACUAUUGUUCACGAUCUGUUUAAUUACAGGACAACAAAUGAGAAUUUUAUCUCUAUGGGUCUUUGAAAAACUCCCCUCAAAUCUGUGUAGUGUGAGAAGUAGUGUUUAUUGGCUUUGUCCUGUGAUUUAUUCCCAGCUGUUUGUGAAAUAGCCCAUGUGUCAUCGUGUGGAUUUGUUCGAAGCACCAGUCAUUCUUUCUUAUCUGUGUAAACAAGAUACAAACUGCGCAAAACGAAGUUGAGCUUGAAAUAUGAGAAGAAAGGAUUACAUUAUGUUUGAGGCCUUAGACGACGGGAGAGGAGCUUUUUCAGUAUUUCCUUUUAAAUGCCACUUGUGAUAGUGUGAUAAUCAUGUUGUAUUGUGUGUGUUACUGGUACUCUUCUGAUGAGUCAACCAUUUGCUAACGGGACAGAAGAUUCACUUUCUACAUCACAAAGCCUUUUGUAAAAUUAUGGACUUUUACACACUUCUGUUCAACUUGGUUACUGCCAAAAAACACACACAUUUAAUACCCGCCCUUUCUUUUUAUAAACUGGAAGCUGCAACAUUUCAGUUUGAUCAAUAAUAAGUCCAUGUAAACAGACCUUUACAUGUAUGUAGGAAAAGCUACGUCUGUACUGAACUAACGUAACUAUCUGCUUUUUGUAGCCUAAGAAUUGUCCAGUUUGAUGUGUUUUAAACACUGAGAACUUGUAGACAAAAAGCAAUAAAAAAAAAAGUUCUGAA